AUGGAAGGCCAAUCACUCCCAACUCCACCCGGGGCCCUUAAGUCACCGAGAACAAGCUUGCCAUCAUUCGAAGAUGAGUUGCCUGAGAUCCGGAGGCCAAAGAAAUCUCAACAUGAGGCGGAAUCUCCAGCCGACCCAGGUACCCUCAAGUUGCGCGAGUCUGGCGCCAGUUAUGUUCAGAGUGCACACUGGGAAGCCAUUCUUACCAAAAUCAGAGGACUGAAGGAGGACUCGGUGACUGAUAGCAGGGCUCUUCCCGGCUCACACUUGUUCUAUGGCCCGAACCGCCAUGCAACUCGAGAGGAGAUACUAGCUGCUAUUCCUCCUCGUCAAGUCGUUGACCGGCUCAUGGCCCUUCACUUCGAUUCCUACUUUGUUACCCCUUAUAUCAUUCAUGGCAAGAAAUUUCUCCGAGAGUACGAAACCUUCUGGGAAGACCCAGGUGCAACUUCUAUCUCCUGGAUCGGUCUCAUGUUCUCCAUGCUAUACAUUGCUGCGCAGCUGCAGACUUUCACCAUCGACGUCAGCGAUGGACGAGCCGAGUCGCUCAAGGCGGAAUGUCUUGCCAUGAAGGAUGCCUUCCGGGAGAAGGCCAUCCAGUGUCUUGUUCUGGCUAGGUACACGAUGGGGGGACCAUACAUCUUGGAAACCCUCAUAAACAUCCUUACUGGAGAGUUUGUACUGUUGAAAGACGGCGGCGUUACCGAUGGCUGGCUUUUGAUCGGCAUGAUACUUCAGCUUGCAACGCGGAUGGGCUGCCAUCUAGAUCCGGAUCACUUUCCGGGAAUAUCCCCAUUCGAGGCUGAGAUGCGUAGACGCAUGUGGAUUGUUAUACUCCAACUCGAUCUGAGUCUCUCCUUGGAGACGGGGCUUCCUCGAAAUGCCACAAAUACCCACAUCGAUCCAAAGGAGCCCCGUAACCUGCGCGACUGUGAUUUUGACGAGGACACAACUGAGAUGCCGCCGUCGAGGCCUGAGACAGAGUGGACGCCGGUGCUCGCCCUAAUUACACGAGGGCGACUGGUAUCCGCUCUGGGCUUGAUUUGUGACAUCAACACUGAUAUCAGUCCUCCUUCCUACGAAAAAGUCAGCAAGGUCGAAAACCUUCUUGAAGACGUGCGCAACCAUGCUAUCCCGCUCGUGCUCCGCUGGGGAACUGCGCCGCACCCCAUCACGGAUAGCCCAAACCUCGUGAUACAGCGUGUAAGUGUAGAGACGACCUACUAUAAAGCACGCAUCCUCCUAUACCGAAGAUCUUUGGUCAGCGGCCAAUCUCCGCAGUCUCAAGAGCGGGACAAAGACUCAAUUCGAAUCUGUUUGGAUUCCGCACUCAAGAUUCUAUCGUUUCAGGAGAUGCUCCAUGAGGAGUCUCAACCAUUUGGCCGUCUGUGUCAGCUUAGAUGGAAGGUCACUCACAUUUUAAACCAAGAUGUGCUCCUCGCUACUAGCGUACUCUGUCUCUACCUUCAAGAUGUCGAUAAAUUUGAAUUGCCACAGACUGCAGGACGGACAAGGCGGUUACCGAGAGCUGAAGAGGUUCGACAGCAACUAACAAUCUCCCACAAGAUUUGGCUCCAAAGGAGUACAGGGUCUGCAGAAGCUGGAAAAGUAGCGAAAGCUCUGAGCAUCGUCCUUGGAAAUACAGAAGGGUCUGAUGAGAACGGUGACGGACCACUUUCUUACGACUUUAUGGCUGACAUUGACGCUAUACCUGUGAAUGGAUUUGGCGCAACGUUCAACAAUCAAUAUUUUGCUUCUGGCUUCUACUCCCCUCUCAGCUUUUUCGACAAUGUGCUGGAAAACCGAGGGACCUGA